AUGGGAUAUGAACGGCCACGGCCCCAAAAUCCGUACUUACGCCCGACGACGAUAGCCCCGAGGAGGCCCAAUUCGGAGGAGUCUUCUGAAGAGGACCACCCGGUCUUCCCGGUGACAAGGGCCCAGACGGUCACCCAGGUGGCCAUGGGCCACUUGGUAUCCCCGGAAAGCCAUGUGAGGAGCAAAUGUUCGGCCGAUACGGUGGAAAACAAGCCGCCCUCCGGAACCCAGCCUCCCCAAUAUAUGGAGGGAGACAAGCGCCAACGCGGUUUCCACGGACCCCGUGGCGAAGCUGGUCUCCCCGGCAAGAAUGGCAAAGUGGGCCCCAAAGGCAUCAAGGGCCCCCCGGGACCCGAUGGACCGAAGGGAUAUGAUGGCCCAGCUGGACUGAUGGCUCUUGUUUACAUUGACGGAGCCCCAGGACCCCAGGGCCCACCCGGAAAGCCCGGCCAUCCCGGCGAGAAGGGAGCCCCUGGCGUUUCCGGGCCACCCGGAAAUCCGGGACUAGCCGGACAACCUGGGCCCGAUGGCUUCAUGGGACCGGAGGGGCCGGUCGGAUCCCCAGGAGAGCCCGGCCGACCGGGACGCCCCGGCGAGGACGGCAAGUACUGCGACUGCCCGAACGGAAAUGUCUACCGCCCUGCCACACCCACAAUCCCACCCCAGACGUAUCAGACGCCCACCGAGGCGCCGUAUGUACCCGUUUACCGGCCCCAAGCCUAUCCCGGAUCCAAUUCAUAUAUGCAGCGACCUACCUACCAGGAGCGAACGUACUACCCACCCUCCUCUGAAAAUGAGUCGGAGACCAUGAGCACGUUUUUGAGCUCGAGGCCCGAUCCACCCAGCUAUGAGGAGUUCUGGCGCCGAAAAUAUGAGAAUGAAAAGCAAAAGGGUGGCUGGGCGCGGUGUGCGCUGCUUUGGCUGAUUCUCAUCGUCGUCGUCACCCUAAUUCUGACGGCCACCGGCUUAAUACUGUAUUUUUGCGUUUUUGACAAAAAGAAAAACCACAAAGAUGAGCCGAUUACGCAACUGCCGGUAACUACAACACUUUCCGUAAUUACGGCCCAACCAACGGCCAGCCCGAUUGCGGUGACAAAUCGGACUUUAACUCUCCCCUACCCGGAUGCGCUCAAUUCCAAGCUUCAGCCGUAUUUCUCUACGACAAGCCGAGCCGUCUACCUGCUGCACGACGUUACGAACGGGCAGGUCGCCUACUUUGCGAGCGAUGGGAAUUUGGUCACGAUCCGCCAAUUCCAAGGGCUCCAAAACCCGGCCUGUGCGAUCUGUCAGCUCUACUUUUUGGAUGCUGACUGUGAUCAGCCCCCAAAAAGCUGUGAUCAACGCGAUGCCGUCUAUUGUUGUGAGGGCUGCCAGCAGGCCAGCAAUUCGGCGUAUUGCAACGUUUUUGGCGACAAUUCGACAAUCUCUGGCCCAAGCCCCUUCAACGCCGGCGUUUAUCUACCCAUUUCGAGCGCGUCCAACUCGACAAACUAUAUAUUUAACACGAAAGCCAAAAUUUCCGGCGAUACCGGACUGCGCUCCUACUUCUAUACCACGAGAAAUGGGGCGCCUGACCUAAAAACCGACGCCUCAAACCAAUUCGAAUUUGGCGAGAAUUUUGACACGCUGCAAGUGCUCGCUAGGGAUUAUCAGUCGCAACUAAACACCGAAAGGCUAUUUUGGCGAGCGGCCGUGACGAGCCGAAGCGCUCUAGAUGUCUUAAUUACGAUCUCAACGGCCUUGGCCGAUCAAUCAGCCUCUUUCUCUAAAUGUCGCAUACCCGCAAACGCCGAUUCAACCGUUCAACUGCAGCUUUCUGGGCUAAACAAUUACCUACAAGUCACCGUUAUUCUGCAGGAUACCACCACAACCUCGAUUUGGGCGUGCCUCGGCGCCGUCGCCUCCAACUACGCCCCAGACCCAAUAUUGCUAACCACACAGCCAAAAGCCCAGAUACGCUCCGUCACUACGUCCACCACUUCCGAAGUAUUGGUGCUCGGCCAGAGCUCUCAUCUAACAAUAUUCAGCGUCAAUUUUUUCCAA